GGGACCCCCAAGGAGAGGGCGGGACUUGGCCAGAGCCAAACAACCAACCUGCCCGCACCAGCUUUCCAACAAGCUCUCCCUGUCAUCCAGGCUGUCUCUCAGGAGAUGCCCACCUUUGUCUGGCUUACCUUGCAUCUCCACCCAGCAGCCGCUCGGAAGCCUGGCGGGGGGUAGCUCCGCCUCCUCCUCCCCAACUGGGCUGAACGUUAUAAUGGGCUGGCCUGAGAGUAGUGGAGAGAGAUAAUGACAAUGCCACUUAAUGACAACAGCCGCUCGAGGGUUGCUAUCGCCGGCAGUCAGCUCGCAAGCGCCAGGUUCUUCAAGCGGGAGCGCCACUAACGUGGGGGAAAGGAGAGCAGAAAGACGCGGCUUCAGCACAUCAGGUUUCCAUUUUUCUUUUUUCUUUUUAAAAUCCUAACCAGAGUCAACUUGCUGCCGAUCUUCCCCUGGAAGUCUAUGAAGAUCUAAGAGUACACUCCUAGAAAGAGAAUCGUACCACCAGGAUAUAUAGUUUAAAAAAAAAAAAAGUUGACGCAAAGUUUCUUCAGUCACCUGUUACCUUCAGCUUUGCGUCUGAGACUCUCAAGAUAAAAUACCACUGGCUGCGGGGGAGGGGAGAGCGCGCAUCUUCCUCGGAAGGAUCCUCCCCCCCCCCCCCGCGGAUCAGGUACUUAUUUUGGGCCGAAGAGAAAAGCCUACCUUCUAGGGAUUAUCAUCCAGGUGGGAAAACCCAGCAGAGGCUUGGCCUUGCUCAGCAACGCACCAUCCAGGACUGCCGAGAGAAAACGCUUGAAAACCAGCCGACUCCACGCGCGCCAGGAGCGCAACGCGCUGGUUUUGAUUUCGGAAGAAGGCGACUUGGGGUGUAGAAACAAACCCCCUUCCUGCUCACAAACCAAGGCGGGGGAAGAAAGAGACCUCACCGCUACAUUCCGCCCCGAAACCCUUUCCCAAAGGAAUUUAGGCUUGGGAAACUUCUCCCGUAGCUCUGCUUUUUUUUAAGGGUCGCUAGCGUGGGAACCCCGAUUUUUGCUCUCUUCCUCCAGGGAGACAUUGCUCUGAAGCCGCGAGACACAUUCCGUGACUCCCCCGUGGAAGAAAAGGAACUGUCGCCCCUUAAGGGAGCCCCCACCCACCACCCCCACCACGUAAAAGGAGAGAUGCACCUCAACUUUUGUUAGCGUCCCCUCUCCCCGGAGAUCCGAGCCUACACCGCCCCAUUGCUGCGCUCGGAAGGCCCACUGAUCAUCCCUGCGGAAGAAGAGACCCGUGGGCGGAGGGAGCCUAGCUGGGCCCCUUCGAGGCUGGAGGCGCCACCAUGAAGCUGGAGAUCUUCGCCCCUCGUUACGAGGACAAGCUCAGCAGCGACCAGGAAAGCAGCAGCGCGGCGUCGCCGCAGCCCGGCGACAGCGAGCUGGGCUCCGACGGUGAUUGCGCCGCCCUCAGCCCGGCCAGUGGCAUCGGGGCCUCUCCGCGCCAGGGCUCGGAGCCUUCGCCCGGCAACGCGAAAGCAGCGCCGGGGAAGCCUUACACGCGUCGCCCGAAGCCUCCCUACUCGUACAUCGCGCUGAUCGCCAUGGCUAUCCGGGACUCCGCCGGGGGGCGCCUGACUCUGGCCGAGAUCAACGAGUACCUGAUGGGCCGUUUCCCCUUCUUCCGCGGCGCCUACACGGGCUGGCGCAACUCCGUGCGCCACAACCUGUCGCUCAACGAUUGCUUCGUCAAGGUGCUCCGCGACCCGGCCCGGCCGUGGGGCAAGGACAACUACUGGAUGCUCAACCCCAGCUCCGAGUACACGUUCGCCGACGGCGUCUUCCGCAGGCGGAGGAAGCGCCUGAGCAGGCCCGGCGCCGCGGAGCCUGCCCAGGCUCACCAGACCUCGGCCUCGCCUUCUCCAAGCGCCGACCACGAGCCCCAGCCAGCGGCGUCUGCGACAGCCACGACGACGGCCGCCGCCUCGGUCUCGCCGUCGUGCUCCUCGUCGGGCCCGAAAUUCUCCAGCUCCUUCGCCAUCGAGAGCAUCUUGAGCCGCCCUUUCCAGCCGUCCGAGAAGCAGCAGCAGCAACAGCAGCGCCCCGCAACCCCAGCGGGAGAAAGGGCGAUGCUGUGGCCCGUCCCGUCGGGCUACUCUCGCCUUCUGCCCCAGUCCGCCGUCUCCUUCGGGCUCCUUCCGCCGCCGCCGCCGCCUCCUCCUCCGUUCCCACCCGCGGCGACCUCUUCUGUGUACUCCUACAGGCUGCCCGACCCGCUCCUCCUGGAGGUCUCCGCGGGGGAGGCCUCGACGUCCGGGGAUCCCCACCAACUCUUCCCCCAGAGGACCUCCCUCCUUGCCGCUUCUACUCCGGCCUCGGAAUCGCUGCAAGGGGUCCCGCUCGGCGUCGCUCAGCUCUACUGCCCCCUCCGGCUGCCCGGGUCAUUGCAGCAGGUCUAUCGGCCUUAUCCCACGGAGACCCUACCGGUGUAACCGUAGAACUAGCCAAGCCCCCUGCCUCAUGAAGGGGUGACUUGAGGACAGGCGAUGGGAAAGGUCUCUACGCACACUUUUAUUUUAUUUUUAAUCAGUGACUGAAAAGUACAAAGACUCUGUGCCUUAAGGAUAGAUUUCCCCUGAGACGAAAACCAAAAGUCAUUCGAUCUUAUUUUAACCCGAACUUUCAAAUGGAACAGAGCGUCUCUCUCUCCUGGCAAUAGU